UAUCAAUAAAAAUUAAAAUUACCUGCAAUAUUCUUUUGAGAAAUAGAUCCAUGUAUAUUUAUUUAAAGCCAUACAGGUACCUAGAACAUGGCAUUAAAUGAUUUUUUUUUUCGACCACAAAAUUAAUCUAAUUUGCCCAUUGGAAUUUAAAACCAUUCAUACUGUUCUAUGGUUUUAGAUUAUUUAAUAAUAAAUCAUUUAUUAACAUAGAUGAUAUCACCAGUGAUGCAUUCUCAUAAAAAGUGAGGAUUUUACAUAUUUUCCUUUUAAUUAUUAACAUUGAUAACACCUAUGGAUAAAGCUGCAAUAAUUGUUUUUAAAUUAUUCAAGUUUAUAUGUUAUAUUUUAACAAUACAGAGACAACCUGUUUCAUAUUAUUAUAAAUAUUUCAUUUGUUAUAAAAUUUUACCUUUUACAUUAGGCAUAACUUUUUUCAUUUUGAGAAUAAUUCAAUUCUAUGUGUUUUCAGCUACGCUAAUUUAAAUAGUUUUUCUUUCUUAACAUAUUAUAUGUGAAUAAUACAGUAUUUUAUCACUGCACUGCUUCACUCUGCUUUUAAUGUGUCUCAUGCAUGAGUGCCACAUUUUCAAGAUACCAUGUCGAGUUCUGUGUUCUGUGUUUUUACUCAACUUAUCUCUUCUCUCUUUCUCUCGCAGUGUUUCACAGAUAAUGUUGCAGACACAAGUGGACUAGCACAAUUCCACGAUUUUAUAAAUUUACAAUCUUACAUCCUUUAAAGGAGCCAACCAUGUCUGACUAUUCCCCACAGGGAGCUCCCAUGCUGAGAUUAUUCACGCUGGGAUUAUCUAUACCCUCCCUUCAUGACAAGAAAGGGCGAUCAAAGCCUUCAUGUCUGUUUCAGGAGCGCCGGGAGUAUAAGCCUCAAGCCUCUUUGAGACAAAAAGCACCUAAGCCUGUUAAGCCCCCACAGAAAUCACCUGUGAUUGAGUGUUCCCCACAGGAAGCACCUCUGUCUGAGUGUUUCUCAGGAGCACCUGUGGUUUCCACAGGAUCACUGCAGGGAGUAUACAUGCCUGCUAAGACUCCACAGAGAGAACCUCUACUUGAGAGUUUUACAGAGGGUGGUCAAGUGUUCAAGUGUUCACCAGAGGGAUCACCUGUGUCUGGUUGUUCUCAAGAGGGAGCACCAAAGCCUAUGUGUUCCCCACAGGCAGCUCCUGUGAUUGAGUGUUCCCCACAGGGAGCUCCCAUGCUGAGAUUAUUCACUCUGGGAUUAUCUAUACCCACUCUUCAUGACCAGAAAGGGCGAUCAAAGCCUUCAUGUCUGUUUCAGGAGCGCCGGGAGUAUAAGCCUCAAGCCUCCUUGAGACAAAAAGCAACUAAGCCUGUUAAGUCCCCACAGAGAUCACCUGUGCCUGAGUGUUCCACUCAAGGAACACCAGUUUCAACAGGAUCCCUGCAGGGAGCACAUAUGCCAGCUGAUACCCCACAGGGAGAAUCUAUGCUUGCAAACGUCUCAAAGGUAAGGCCAUUGCCCAAGUGUUACCCAGAGGGAUCAUACAUACCCAAGUGUUCCACACAGGAAGCACAUUUGUCCAAAUGUUCCCCACAGAGAGAAUAUGUGCACACCGGGAGCAUACAAGGAGAAAUGGUUCUUAAGUGCCCCCUACAGGAAUUACCUGUGCUUGAGUGUUCCCCACAGGGAGAACCUGUGUUUGAGUUUACCCAAGCAGAACUGUUUUCUCCUGAAGGUUCCACUCAGGGAGUAUCUUACAAUCAUGGAACACCCAUGCCUAAGGUGUUCACCCUGGGAAAGUCUGUACCUUUCUUAUCCACAGAGAACUCCAAGCUACGUAAGUAUCAAGCUUUCUUGAGACAGGGAAAACGCUUGUCUGUUAAGUCCCCACAGGGAACACCUCUGCUUGAGAGUUAUUCAGAGGUAGGCCCGGUGUUUGAGUUACCCCCAGUGGUAGCGUUAACUCCUGAAGGUUCCCCUCAGGGAGCAUCUUCCAAUCAUACAACACCCAUGCCCAAGUUGUUAACCCUGGGAAUAUCUGUACCGGUCUUGUCCACAAAGAAGUACUGGCUACAUAAGUAUCAAUCUUUCUUGAGACAAAGAACACACUUGUCUAUCAAGAGUGCACAGAAAUCUCCUGAGCCUGAGUUUUCACCUCAGGGAGCACCUGUGAAUGGAUAUUUCCAAAAAGAAGCACCCCUGUCUGAGUGUUUCUCGGGAACACCUGUGCUGGAGUAUUUUACUCAAGGAAUGCUGGGUUCCACAGAAUCCUUGCAGGGAGUAAACAUGCCUGCUAAGGACCCACAGGGAGCACCUCUGCUUGAGAGUUAUUCUGAGGGAGGCACGGUGUUUGAGUUACCCCCAGUGGAAGCGUUAACUCCCGAAGGUUUCCCUCAGGGAGGAUCUUCCAAUCAUACAACACCCAUGCCCAAGUUGUUCACCCUGGGAAUAUCUGUACCUGUCUUAUCCACAAAGAACUACCGGCUACAUAAGUGUCAAUCUUUCUUGAGACAAAGAACACACUUGUUUAUCAAUAGUGCACAGAAAUCUCCUGAGCCUGUUUUUUCAUCUCAGGGAGCACCUGUGACUGAAUAUAUCCCAAAAGAAGCACCCCUGUCUGAGUGUUUCGCAGGAACACCCAGACUAGAGUAUUCUACUCAAGGAAUGCUGGGUUUCACAGGAUCCUUGCAGGGACUUUACAUGCCUGCUAAGGACCAACAGGGAGCACCUCUGCUUGAGAGUUAUUCAGAUGGAGGCCCGGUGUUUGAGUUACCCCCAGCAGAAGCGUUUACUCCCAAAGGAUCCCACCAGGAAGCAUCUUCCAAUCAUACAACAACCAUGCCCAAGUUGUUCACCCUGGGAAUAUCUGUACCUGUCUUAUCCACAAAGAAGUACCGGCUACAUAAGUAUCAAGCCUUCUUGAGAAAAAGAACAUACUUGUCUAUCAAGACUGCACAGAAAUCUCCUGAGUCUGAGUUUUCAUCUCAGGGAGCUCCUGUGACUGAAUGUUUCCAACAGGAAGCACCCAUUCCUGAGUGUUACCCAGAGGAAGAACCAAUGAUUGUGUGUUCCCCAGAGGAGGAAUCCAUGAAUGUGUGCUCCCCAGAGGAAGAACCCAUGCUUGUGUGUUCCUCAGAGGAAGAACCCAUGCUCGUGUGUUUCUCAGAGAAAGCUUCUGAGUCUGAGUUUUCUCCACAGGAAGCACUCAUGCUUGAGUCUUCCCCUCAUCAAAAACCCUUGCCUUAUGGCUUCCACUUCAUGCCAAAGUUAUUUACUUUGGCAUUAUCCUCACUCAUUUCUUCCACAUGGAAGCACCAGCAGCAUAAGUCCCAAUCUUCCAUGAAACAGAGAACUCGUUUACCUGCCAGGUCCUCAAAGAAAUCACCUACACCCAAGAGUUCUUCACCAGAUGCGGCCAUGCCUGAGUGUCCCCCUGAGGAAGGAUCCAUGACCCAUCUUGACAAAGCAAAGGUCGAGGCAAGAGAACGCCACAGGUCCCCAUAUAAUCAGACAAGGAAGUCACAGAGAGUCACCCAACCUGCCAAGGGUAAAAAAGAGGCAACCAUGCCUGUGUGUUCCCCAGAGGAAGAAGAACCCAUGCUUGUGUAUUCCUCAGAGGAAGAACCCAUGCUUGUGUGUUCCUCAGAGGAAGAACCCAUGCUUGUGUGUUCCUCAGAGGAAGAACCCAUGCUUGUUUGUUCCUUAGAGGAAGAACCUAUGCUUGUGUGUUUAUCAGAGAAAGCACCCAAGCCUGAGUUUUCCCCACAGGAAGCACUCAUGCCUGAGUCAUCCUCUGAGGGAGCAUCUUCCCCUCAUCAAACACCUUCACUCUCUGGCUUCCCUGAUGAAGCUCCCAUGCCAGAGUUAUUAAAUCCUGGAAUAUCUUCACCCGUUUCUUCUAUAAGGAAGCACCAGCAGCAUAAGUCCCAAUCUUCCUUGAAACAGAGAACUCGUUUACCUGACAGGUCCUCACAGAAAUCACCUGCACCCAAGAGUUCUUCACAAGAUGCGGCCAUGCCUGAGGGUUCUCCUGAGGAAGGAUCCAUGACCCAUCUUGACAAAGCAAAGGUUGAGGCAACAGAACGCCACAGGUCCUCACAUAUUCAGACAAGGAAGUCACAGGGAGUCACCCAAUCUGCCAAAGGUAAAAAAGAAGCACCCAUGCCUGUGUGUUCCCCAGAGGAUGAAGCACCCAUGCCUGUGUGUUCCCCAGAGGAUGAAGAACCCAUGCCUGUUUGUUCCCCAGAGGAAGAACAACCCAUGCCUGUUUGUUCCCCAGAGGAAGAAGAACCCAUGCUUGUGUGUUCCUCAGAGGAAGAACCCAUGCUUGUGUGUUCCUCAGAGGAAGAACUCAUGCUUGUGUGUUCCUCAGAGGAAGAACCCAUGCUUGUGUGUUCCUCAGAGGAAGAACCCAUGCUUGUUUGUUCCUCAGAGGAAGAACCUAUGCAUGUGUGUUUAUCAGAGAAAGCACCCAAGCCUGAGUUGUCCCCACAAGAAGCACUCAUGCCUGAGUCAUCCUCUCAGGGAGCAUCUUCACCUACACUCUCUGGCUUCCCUGAUGAAGCUCCCAUGCUGGAGUUGUUAAAUCCUGGAAUAUCUUCACCCGUUUGUUCCACAAGGAAGCACCAGCAGCAUAAGUCUCAAGCUUCUUUGAAACAGAAAACCCUCUUGCCUGUCAAAUCCUCACAGAAAUCACCUGUGCCAGAGAGCUUUUCACAAGAAGCAGCUAUGCCUGAGUGUUCCUCUCAGGAAUCAUCCAUGCACACCGGGACCCCACAAAGCCCGUCUCUUCUUAAAGCCCAUCUUGACAAAACAAGGGUGGAGGAACCACACAGGUCCUCAUCUAAUAAGGCUAGGAUGUCACAUGGAGUAUCCCAACCUGCCAAGACUCUGAAAAAAGCACCCAUGCCUGAAUGUUCCCCAGAGGAAGAACCCAUAAGUGUGUGUUCCCCAGAGGAAGAACCUAUGCUUAUGUUCUCCCCGGAGGAAGAACCUAUGCUUAUGUGCUCCCCGGAAGACGAACCCUUGCAUGUGUGUUCCCCGGAGGAAGAGCCCAUGCUUCUGUGUUUAUCAGAGAUAGUACCUGAGCCUGAAAUUUCCCCACUGGGAGCACCCAUUCUGUCCUUUCAGCAAGACAAUAAAUGUGCUCCACGCAAAAAACAGCACACAAUAAAGGAUGCAAAGGUACAGCAGAAGCCGCAAAGAAGGAGAAAAAAGAAGAACCAAAGGCAGCAGGCAAGACCAUGCCCAAGUUCCCAUCCUAAUCUGAAAAGGAAAUGUGCAUGCAGCAGAAACAAACUGGACAACUUAGAUGGAUGUCAGCUUCCAAAGAGGAAAAAGACAAAUAACAGAGGUCAAAGAUUCUUUCACCUCAGAGCCUGUCAAUGCUGCCGUUUUUAUUUGAGAAGUCAGCAGCGGAGAAAGCGAAACUCUUGUGCCCAUCAACUGCCAAGAAGAUCUCAUUGUAACCUUUACCCAAAAGCCUGUCCAUGUUCCCAACCUAGUUUUUGGAGACAGCAAAACCCACAUACCCAUCAAAGAGAACCAGUGCAUCUGAGGCAAAGAACUCGAAGACCUCCCCCCAGAGCAUAUUCAUGGCUUCAAUCCACUUUGUGGAACCCUUAUGACCCUCAAGUACGACAAUCAGAUCUGGGACGAAGAGCUCAAAGAAUCUCCCCAAGAGCACAUACUUGGUUCCAGCCAAGUUUGUGGAGGCAACAGAAUGUGUAUUCUUCUCAAUCACAACCAUGGCAUAUGGGGCAUAUGAGGCUUCACCCAAGAACAUAUCCAUGGGCCCAUCCCCAUUUUAGGAGGCAGGAGAGCCCUCGUGCCCAUCAAUCACGACCAUUACAUUUAGGGCAAAGAGAAAUGAGGGUUCAUCCAAGAAUGCACCCAUGGACCCAUCCCCACUUGUGGAGGGCACAGAAUGCAUAUGAACCUCGAUCAAGACCAUGGCAUCUGGGACAAAGAGCUUUGAGAUUUCACCCAAGAGCCUAUUCAUGGUUCUGGCCCAAUUAAUCAGUCACCUAGUUCAUAAAACAUGAUUUUUUUGGAUUUGGAUUUGUUUAUACACUUUUAUUUAUUUAUUUAUUUAUUUAUUUAUUUAUUUAUUAGGGCUAGAAAAAUAACGCAUUAAAAUUAUUAACGCAUUUGAUACACUUGACCUUAAAGUAAUAGUUCACCCAACCAAAAAUACAAUUCUUUCAUCAUUUACUCAGAUUGUCCAAAAGAGUAGGCAAUAUGUAAUCAAUUUGAUCAAAUAAAAUAUUUCUUGCUGAACC